AUGAAUAUAGGCUGUAAGCUUACGUGGUUUUUAGUACGACUUUUCAGGUACAUAUCACCGGAAGUGUAUUAUAUAGUUCCUCUCGGUGGGAAGGAAGUUGUCCUUAUUGAUAGGAUUUCUCAGGAGCUCAAAAUUGAUCGUGAGUUGAAUGUGAUUCCUCCUUCACUGCAGCCGAUUCCUAUUUAUGGCAUAUGGGGUACAAUAAGACUCAUUUCUGGUGAGUUUAAUCACUUUUCAUUUUUUGUCGUUUUGAAGUUCACAGUACACUUUAUCCCUUUGGAAAGUCUAACAUCACACUUUCGGAAGUUCAGGUAUUUGUUGUUUACACUUAUUAUGUUGGAAACUGUUUUAAAUAUAGAAGGAUUCUAUUACUCUACUUCUUUUGACCUGACGCACACUCAGCAGCGCUUGGCAGAUACCAGUCCGGAAUUCAAAACGAAGUCGCCCUUUGAACGCUGCGAUCCGCGUUUCACAUGGAAUCACUUUCUCCUUUCAAGCUGGCUCUCUUCAUGGAAUAAAUUUGAUUACUGCAUACCGGUCAUUCAGGGAUUUGUGGGCAUAAUUGACAAUCCCCAAGGUGGACCAUCGACUGACAAACAUCCCACAAUAUAUGCAUUGAUAUCUCGUCGUAGUGUAAACAGAGUUGGCACUCGAUUCAACUCUCGCGGCGUGGACCAAAUGGGGAACGCAUCUAACACCGUUGAGACAGAACAGAUAUUGGAUAUGAAUGGUAGCCGUUUUUCAUUCGUUCAGGUAAUUGUUACAAAUACUAUUUUCAAAUGUCUUCCUGGAACAGACGGCUUUUUUUUACUGCACUCAUUACAACCCGGCGCACCGUUAUAUAUGGUUCUCUCGGUUUAA